AUGAAACUGCAGCAACACAAGGGAUCCAGAAAGUUUCACCAAGCUAGGCCUACCAGAGACCCUCCAGAUCUUAUCAUUUCCUACGUGACAAGCAAUCUCAUGGAUGCUUAUUUUGAGUUUUAUCAUAUUCACUACCCUGUCUUACACGAGAAGACGUUCAGGGAGAGGGUCACUUCACAAAGCAAAUUCUCCCCUCCAUGGAGAGUCACCUACUAUUUGGUUCUUGCCAUUGGCCAAUUCUGUUCCUCGAACACAGAGUCCGAAUAUCCGGAAACAUCGGAGUUCUACAACGCAGCCCGGACAGGGCUAUCCCUUCAGAUGCUGGAAUCAGGUAGCGUCGAGACUGUUCAAGCCUUUCUGCUUCUCGGAAACUAUCUACAGAAGAAAGACCGAACGAACACCGGGUACAACUACAUUGGCCUUGCUUACCGGCUUGCUCUCGGAAUUGGAUUACAUCGCGAGGCGACCGGUGCUCAAAACACCAUUGGCCACGAGCGAAGGCGACAACUCUUUUGGACUAUGUACUGCUUCGAAAGUGGAUUCAAUAUCACAACUGGCCGACCGCCAACUAUGACAGAUGGAUUUAUCGAUAUUAGUCUCCCUCGCAAUAUUGAUGACCAAGGCCUCUCGCUUGAGUCCCCCGUACCGGAAGAAGUGGACUACCCGACGAUUUAUUCCGUGAUAAUUUCCCAAGCCAAGCUUUCCCGAAUUGGAGACACUAUAUACCGCGAGUACCUCUUGGCAAAAACCGCUGGCUCUAGGAUAGAGUACCGACUCGCCGAAUUACUUGAACGAGAUUUGACAAAUUGGCGAAAGGCACUGCCGAGCUACUUCACUUUAGCAGGAGCUCCACCUUGGUUCCUCGCACCACGUUCAGUUCUUCGAUGGAAGGAGCAGAAUCUUCGAAUUCUACUCUGGCGCGGCAGUCAAAAGUAUCACAGCUACCUUCCGACGAGAUUUAAUGCCGAAGAAAAAUGCUUGGACGUGGCUAUGGAGAGUGUGCACGAUAUCGCGACAUUUUGGAGGACCUACGAAAAUGCAUCUUACCACAUGGUAUGGUACGCAACAUACUGCUUGCUCCAGGCGACGCUGAUUCGAAUCGCUCCCGGCGUUAAAUUUGGCUCUCGAUUCUCAAGAUAUUCCCUCCAAAAUAACGCAAACGCAAGCUCAGAGGUGCAUAUGCCACUCUUCAACGAUAUCGCACAGCAAAUACCGGAGCUCACGGACCCAUUAAGUGAAAAUAAUCUUAUUUUUGGUGAAGAUGGCCAGGUCAACAUGAAUGAUGACACUGGCAAUGACCUACGCAUGUUCAUGAAUGAGGUGUCUCUUGAUUUUAUGGGAAAUAUGCCACUUGACUUGCUUUUUAAUGAUUGGGUAGACUACUCCUGA